CUGGCUCAACGUUUUUUACCUCCACGACCCGACCAUCGCUUCACUUCAACGCAGACUCUAAUAGGAGGCUGGAAUUUCAAUAUCUUUCUCACGAUUCGCUCGGAACCAUACAAGUGGGGUCUUUGCUUGUCUCAACGCUACCGCUCGGCAUCGCGAAGCCUGGGGGCCAUGGGUUCUAUCCCCACAGAAUAGUAUGGCGAUCCCCGUUCGGCAUCUGUCAUCGAGCAUGAUCUCCUUGCAUCGUAAAUCCCCAGCCCAUCAGCGAAGUUCGAUCUUAUUUGAGUAAGCCUCGUCAUUGAUACUCUUGAAAAAAACAAAGGCCUCUCUCUACUGGAUAUUCAAGACAAAGACCAGAAAGAAAAUUCGCGCUUCAGGGGUAGUGGGCUAUUCGCGACUCCGCACUUGGUGACCCGACAAUUGCAGCAGCUCUUUCAUUUCUUUUUCAUUGAUUCCCCCGCCGUCAGAGAUUCAGAGGAUCGCUUCAUUUCGUGCGGUCAAAAACGGCAGACUUCCCUAUGGUUUUGGCAGAGAGAAAAUUGACACAACAAAAUUUUGUACAAUCAUGUCGAAGUCUAACAAUAAACCCCAUAUCUCCGCACUGGAAGUUGGUGCACAUAAGGCAGCUAAUGAUUGUUGGAUCGUUGUUGAUAACCAAGUUUGGGACGUCUCUGACUUCCUUCAAGAGCACCCUGGAGGGCCUAGCAUUAUCCUCAAGUAUGCCGGACGAGAUGCAACAAAGGCAUAUUCGGAGAUUCACCCCCCAAGUCUCAUUGAGAACAGUCUUCCCGGGGAUAAACUCAAGGGUGUUCUAGACCGGAACACCAUUGAUGAUGAAUGGCUCAAAGAACCUCCCGAACAAAGCGUGAAUCACCUGCCAGACAAUGAGAAACCAGCUCUAACCACAUUGAUAAACGCCCAUGAUUUCGAAAUUGUAGCCUCUAAGACAGCCACAGCAAAAACAUGGGCUUUCUACUCCAGCGCCUCAAACGACCUUAUCACCCGCGAUGCCAACAAGUCGUUCUUCGACCGCACCUGGUUACGCCCCCGUGUCCUCCGCAAUGUGAAAGAAGUCAAUACCAAGACUAAAAUACUAGGCUGCGAUGUGAACAUGCCCCUCUUCGUCAGUCCCGCCGCCAUGGUGAAACUCAUUCACCCGGAUGGUGAGCUGGCCGUGGCCCGCGCAUGCGAAACCCGAGGCAUCAUGCAGGGUAUCUCCAACAGCGCCAGCUAUUCUAUGAAAGAUAUAACCGCCGCAGGGCCGAAGGCGAAUUAUUUCUUCCAGCUGUACGUCAAUAAGGACCGCGCCAAGUCCGCCGCACAUCUUAAAGAGUGCUCAGAUAACCCACGCAUACGGGCGAUAUUCAUCACAGUCGACGCUGCAUGGCCUGGCAAGCGAGAGGCGGACGAAAGGGUUCGUGCUGAUGAAAAUCUAAGUGUGCCCAUGUCUGCACAGCGAGCGCAGAAUGACUCGAGAGGUGGUGGAUUGGGCCGUGUCAUGGCCGGAUUCAUUGACCCGGCGCUAACAUGGGAAGAUCUAAUCUGGGCACGCAAACACACUCAUCUUCCCCUUGUGCUUAAGGGCGUCAUGUCUGCUGAUGAUGCGAUACUGGCAAUGAAGGCUGGUCUGGACGGGAUUCUGCUGAGUAACCACGGCGGCCGCAAUUUGGACACCAGCCCGCCGGCCCUCGUCACCCUGCUUGAGUUACAUAAGCGCUGUCCUGAGAUAUUCGAUAAGAUGGAAAUCUACGUAGAUGGUGGAAUCCGUCGGGGAACAGAUAUCUUGAAAGCAGUGUGUCUCGGCGCCACGGCGGUGGGGAUGGGAAGGAGCGUACUGUUCUCUGCAAACUACGGACAGGAAGGGGUGGAGCAUUUGUUUGACAUCAUGAAAGACGAACUAGAGGGUGCGAUGAGACUCGUAGGAAUCACAUCGCUUGAAGAGACACAUCCGGGCUUCGUCAAUACAGGAGAUAUCGACCACCUCGUUCCCGAUUCGGCCACCCAUCCUUAUGCUCACUCUGUGGCGCGUGGCCGCGGGCGGACCAGUCCGCCGUCGAAGUUGUGGAAUGGAGGUGCGUAUAGGGCGAAGCUAUAGUUAUUAUAUUCUCCGUAUCUAGUUAUAUACAUAUAUAUAGUUAAAUGAUA